AUGUCGGACCGUCCUCCCUCAAGAGAGUCAUCUUUGGCGCCAUUGCAACAGAAACAUAUUUGCUCUCCUUCCUACUCGAUGGCGGCCUCGUCGAGACUUCAACCUCACCACCGUGGUCACCCUUGGUCGACAUCUACUCGACAUAGCAGCAAUCCCAUCGCCCGCAGCCCUCUACAGCAAUCCUUUCCGGCAUAUUCAAAUUCAACCUCUGCUCCAACUUCACCACCCAUGCAAGAAACUCCCUCUCGCCGUUCUCGCACAAGCGAGCCAGAAGGUCGCAAGAGAGGUGAAUCUCGGUCUUCUUCUGUCCCUAUUGUCGUCCGUAACCCUCAGGGAGAAGAAGAAUCUGAAGAGAAAGUCAGGGCCCAAUCACGCACUCAACCUCACUCCCGCGAACCCUCACCAUCUCCUCACUCCAGCGAAGAUGGCCCAAAAACACCCAACAGCCACAGCCACAGCCGCCGCUCAGUCAAACAUUUGACCUGCUUCUGGUGGUGGGAGAAGGGCCACUGCCGCUUUUCUGACGACGAAUGUCUCUAUUCUCACUACGACACUGGCCAUCAUACUUCUGCUCCUAGGCAAGUCGUUCCAGGCGAGCCGGCCAAAGCUGGCAAGUCACUCGAACGUGAACUGAACAAAUUGGGAAUACACCACCGCUCCAGUACCUCAUUGUCGUCUUUCAACCAUACCCACGGCACCGGCACUGGUUCUUCAAGCGUCGCAGACUCCUCUCGACCAGUCUCUCCUUCACCUUUUGGUGGAGACCGCUCCAGCAGCCGCCCAGCUACCCCUGCCUCCAUGGAAAUCGGCCAAGUCGCUCAGCUCAGAUCUGACAAUGACUUCCUGCGCACCUUGGUCCAGCAGACCCAGCAUGAAAAGGCAACUCUUGUCGAAGUUAUCGAGUCACUCAAGAAGGAAAAGACCCAGCUGCAGUCUCAAUCUGAAACCAUGUCUACCGAACGAGCCAAUCUUCUACACGAGCGCGAAAUCCUCCACGCCACGAUCAAGAAGCUGCAAUUUGCCAAUACUGACACCGUGUAUAUCCCAGGACGGUCUCCCGCUCCUGGUCUCGCACCAUUUCAGUCUCCCUGGGGCGCAGUCGGAAGCCGUCGAGCUAGCCCUGCCGAUAAUGCAAACCCAAGACCCAUGAACGGAGAUCAGCGACAGCCGAUGAACAUGAACAUGAGCAUGAAUGGGCAUGGCUAUGGCAACAACGUCGGUACAUCCGCAUACAAUCCUAAUGCGACGCCUUAUGCACCAGAUACCCGCUUCACAGGUGCGGCCAACGAAGCUGCAGGUGAAAAGCUGAAGAACGUAUUGAGAAACCUUGGACCAGGCUUUUGAACAUACCAUCACCCACUUGCACAAAGAUAUCAGAGGAGGUGCCAAACUCAAAAAAAGAGUCGGAUUUGCGUGAUCAAGGUCUCCAGGACUACGCCAUCGGCGACUGAGUCUGAAUGAGGAAUGCAGCUGAAAUGAAAUGAUCCAGACUGCCAAAAACCAAACACCAAAACUCAACCCAGCAACAAACACGGUCACCCUAUGUCGAUGUACAGUGCUCUCUGCGAAAACGACCGCUCUUUACUUGUUCUUCCCCUAAUGUUCCCAGACGAACCUUGUCAACCCCUGUAACAAUCAAGGGGUUCGCAAGAAAAUGUUUCCCCCGAAACAACACGAAAAGUCUUUUACAAUUCAUGUCAUACUCGGAUGCGCUUCGUCAGAUUUACAGCAGUCCCGAUUGGAUGGAGCUGACGGCCCAAAAAUGUGGAGAGAAAGAUUGCGACUGAGAUGACCGCCCUACGAGCUGAGAGAUGGGAGAGAUGGGAGCCGGCUACAUUUCAAGAACAGUUAUAGCUGAAACUUGAGUGUGAGCUUGGAUAAUCAUAAUCAGACGACGGAACACAGCACCGACAGACACGGAGACAGAAAGACAGACAAAAAGUAAAUACUCCCCCCUAAUACUA